CCCCUCUCUUCUCUUCUCCCGCCACCUGUCCCUUCCUACCCUCCCUUUCAUCUCCUCCCAAAUUUCCCCCUUUAUAAUUCAAUUCUCUCCACCGCUCCUCCAUUGUUCACGAUCAGUUUGACAGAGAAAUUAGUGUGUAAACGAGAGGAAGCUUCAGCUCGUCACUUGAAUUCAUUCUCUGCAACGAAUUAGGGUUUUCGCAAUGGCUAGACAAGGUGGAUACAAGAGGAAAGAGCUCGAUCUCGAUUUCGCCCGCGAGGAUUUCUCCGACUUCUCCCUCUCCGCUCCGGCUCUCAAGAUUCGCCGCCUGGAUGCUGAGUCGUUGCCUCCGAUUAUGGAGGAAGAGGAUCACGUGGAAGUAGCUCCGGUGGUGUCCAUGGCGGAGCCGAUUCCGCCGCUGCCGUCGGGCGAGACGGAGAACCUGGAGAGAGCUCUCGUGGUUUACAAGCCGGCGAGCGUACAUCCUCCGCAUUACUCGCCUUCGACUCUCUCCUUCGCGCUGGAUUCCGGAAUUCUCUCCGGUUUAACGAGGGAUCAAUUUCUUAGGUCAGAGGUGAUACAAGAUGAGGAUGAUGAAGCGGGAGCCGAGAAGAACGGUUACAAAACUGCAGCGAACGGGGACGGAUAUAUGGCUGUAGUACCGUGGAUUUCUUCCUCUCAGCGUUCAUUUGGCAAUCAAAUGCGAGAUUUCCAGGCGGAAGUUCCGGAGUCAAUGGAGGCGGAUGAAACUGGUGUAGCGUCGAUGGAGGUGGAGGAAAGCGACGGCAAUUGGAACAUUGAGCAAAUGCGGCAUUUAGGCAAUUUCGGUGGAGACGAUGGAUUGCGACAAUGGCAGCAGCACCAGCAGCAUUGCUUCAUCCCGGAGCUUCCUCCCAACAAUCUGACGCCUGUCACCUGGUUGCGAUAAGCGGUCUCUGAGUACCGUUUAAGCCUGGCCUGCCCUCUUUGUUUUUGACUUGUUUGUUUUUUUGAGAUGCUGAAACUAUGGAGGGUUGGGAUAUAUGCGUAAUGUGUUGAAGGUAGCCACCGGCGGCGACAUGGCUUCUGUUAGCUGCUGUGUAUAGGACCAAGCUGCUUUAGUACGGAAGGGCAUCGAAUUGCCGGCGACGAAUCUUUUCUUGUCACAUUGUUGAUACGGAGGCUGUUAGUUAGUUAGCUAGUAGUUCUUCUCCAGAGCUAUCAUCUCUACGGGAAGGUCGAUUCAGCUUGUGCCUUGUAGGUACUGGGUAGUUGUUCCCCUAGGUUUGCACCCAUUUGUAUUGAAGCUGGGUAUGGGAUGGAGAUUGGUACGUUGUGUUAUCCAAAUUUUUGUGGUCUAUUGGAUAUAUGUUUGACCGAUUCGUGCUCGUAUCCAAAUUUAAUCUAUUUUACACGUUUCUGG